GUCCGUCCCCGUCUCCAACAUUGUAUAUUAACUAGAAUUCCACAUUUUUCCACCUCUUAGAAGGCUGUCUUGUUGAGAUACGGGCACUGAGAUCAGAUCCGAGCUAUUCAUGACCCCGUGCCAAUGGAGGAAUGCUGAUUUGAGGAAUAAGAAAUAAGCCUCAAAAAAACCCACCUGGCCGUUUACUACAGGCUCCUCCACAAAUUAAUCCAUUCAAUUCGGAAAGAAUUGUCGGUCUCCCGGGUGCCGCUAUGGGAACAACUCUUUGAUACGCUGGCCAAUCAAUUAUAUUGAUUCAAAGCUUUAGCUAAGAUAUAUGCAAAGCUUGUCCAAUUCUGGCCCAAAGCUUGUGCCUAGAUUUCCAGCCGGUCAACCGUGAAAGGAAGAAGACUGUAAUGUAUAAAUGAGAGUAAAGUUCCGUUUAAUUCGCUGUCUUCGUUCUGUUCUUCAUCACAUCGCAGCAGUUUUCUCUCUCUUUCGCAUUCUCAAACUCUGUUCAUCAUGAAGUAUUCCAUCUUCGCUGUUGUCCCCCUUGCACUGGGAGCCAGCGCUGCUACUCCCUGUACUGUCACCGAAUUUGCAUCGAUUUCUUCUGCUGUUGCGUCAUGUACAGACAUUGUAUUGAAGAACAUUGUAGCUCCGUCCGCAAGCGCGAUUGAUCUCUCCAAGUUGAAGACUGGCGCCAAAGUCACCUUCGCUGGCAAAACUACUUUCGAGAAAACCCCAGACAGUAAAUUUGACCCCAUUAUCAUUGGGGGCACCAAAGUUACCAUCACCGGAGCACCAGGACAUGUCAUUGAUGGAAACGGACAAGUUUACUGGGAUGGCCUGGGAUCGAAUGGAGGUGUUCCAAAGCCCAACCACUUCGUCGUGGUCAAGAACACAGUUGACUCUGUCAUCUCCAACCUAAACAUCAGGAACUGGCCUGUUCACUGCUUCACCAUCUCCGGCGGCAGCGGCCUCACCCUUCACAACAUCAAUCUGGACAACACUGCCGGAAACGCGCCUAACUCCGUCAGCAACGGUCUGGCUGCCGCCCACAACUCGGACGGCUUCGACAUAUCCUCCACCAGCGGCCUGACGCUCAAAAACUCGGUCGUCAACAACCAGGAUGACUGCGUCGCUGUGACAAGCGGCUCUAACAUCCUCGUUACAGGCAUGACCUGCAUUGGCGGCCACGGACUGAGCAUCGGUUCCAUUGGAGGCAAGAGCAACAACGUCGUCGACGGUGUUACGUUCUCCAACUCAGUUAUCUCCAACAGCGAGAACGGAUGCCGCAUCAAGACCAACUCCGGCACCAACGGCACUGUCAAGAACGUUACCUACAGCGGCAUCACGCUCAGGAACAUCGACAGGUACGGCAUUGACGUGCAGCAGGACUAUCUCAACGGUGGCCCAACUGGUAUUCCCACUAACGGCGUCGAUAUCUCUGGCAUCACCUUCAAGAACGUUAGGGGCACUGUUGCCUCCGGCGCAUACAACUACUACAUCCUCUGUGGAGAUGGUAGCUGCUCGAAUUUCACGUUCUCCGGCACCAGAGUCACUGGCGGCAAGUCGAGCUGCAACUUCCCAUCGUCGAAAUGCACGUCUUAAGCGGGGAUUGGGCUUGGAUAUAGCGAAUUCUUGUACUCAUUUUGAUUAAAUAUUGGAUGCCUAGAAGUAGAGUC